AUGCGAGAACUUGUCAAUAUUUUUUUUACUGAAGCCAAUUGGUACUUUGCUAUACUGGAACAACAUUAUUUUGAGAAACUUUACAAUUCUUGGUGUUCCCUCAACGAUUCCCCGGCAGAACAUGGCCAGGUUGCCGAUAUACCACCGGAUCUUUUGCAUUUCUCGGCACUGAUAUUCCACGUCCUUGCUGUGUCUUUACAGUUCGUGUCACCGGACAUGAAUUGUAGCCGUGCCCUAGGAGUGGAUAGUUUCAACGCGCGUGAUCAUCUUUCUAGCAAUUUCUCCUCAAGCGGAGUUGAGAUCGCGCGCAUACUGGAACCUCUGGAUCCUACGAUAACUGCCGUGCAAAACGACCUUAUGCGGGCAUUGUGGUUGAAGAAUUGCAGCCGUGGAAGAGAAGCAUGGCAUGCACUAGGUGGUGCAAUCAGGUCAGUCCCUGCAUAUUCCAAAAAGGAAGGCGAUUUUCUCACCCCAACCAGAACAGCUCAAGAUCUUGGCUUCCAUCAGCAGAGCAAAGUUUAUCAAACACCACGAUCUACACUGGAGGAAACGCUCACCGAGCUGUGGUAUGAUGAGUACAAACGCAGGCUAUGGAUCAAGUUAUUCUCCUGGGACAGCCACAUGGCCUUUUCUCUAGGUCGGCCACGCGCCAUCAAUGUCAGUGACUGUACAAUCACUCCGCCGUUGGAUUGUGAUAUACCAGCCGACCCGUCAACCAGGAUACCAAUGACUUUAGCUCCGCAUGAGCCUCCCUCAUCUUUUACGCCUCAUCUUUUCCAAUACGCCAUCUCUCAACAUGCUCACGAGGUGAUGUCUUUGGGUGCCCACAAGAAGAAUUUCAUAGAUUACGCCUUGAUCCAAGGCACCCAUGAUAAGAUUCUGUCUCUAUUGAGCAAUCUUCCACCUGUUCACCGACCGAUAAAUCCGGAUACGUCCUGGGAUGCAAGUUACCCCCAUAUACCCAAACAACGUCAGCAAAUAUCGACCGCCGCGAACUCAUUUCUAAUGGCAUUACAUACACCACAUGCCAGAACACAUGCUGCUAGUCGACACGCAGCAACCCAAGCGGCUCUUGCCACGUUGGAUGCACAAGAACAGCUUUUUGAUCUCAUGGCCACCAAUUACUCUAGCAUCUAUGCUCUCUGCAUUUACACUCUUGGGGCCGGUAUAUUUCUGUCUGUCACAAUUCUAGAAUAUCCACCUGCAGAUAUGGGUAUACUAAAUGGGAUGCUUCGUGCAAUCCGGAAGGCAAUUCAUCGCCUUGAACUGGCACAGGAGAGAGUCUCUUUAGCAGGGCCGGGCUCAAGACUCUUGAAACUUUGCUACCAGAAAAUGCAAGCAUCGGCGCAGGAUCGGUCCAGUUUGCAAGGCGCUGCUGCGUAUGGGGCAAACCCCGUUGCUGCUGCUUCGUUCAUGCACGCGCCCUUUUCCGGCGGGACACACAUCGCAGAAUCUCCUGAUCAGCCUUCGGAGAUCCUUGCAUAUGAUUCUGGGUCUGGCAUUUCAUUGUCUGAUGGUCUUCCGUUUGAUAGCACGGUGAUGUUUGAAGAUAUCACUCAGCCUCACUUCAACAUGGAAGCAUGGGUACGGGAAUUAGACCAGACCAAUGGCUUAGGAUGGUCCUCGCUCCCAUAA